AUGGACGCAUCCAGAUCUUCCGACACAGCGUCGCGGUCGUCGUACGAUGAGCACCAGGCGUUCUCCAGAGCCAUCGCGGAAACCGCAGCGUCCGGAAACGGGAGUGCGAUGGACCCUGACGAUCUCGAGAAGGACUCGGCGGCGAGACCGCAGCUCUCCAGAUCCAAUACAGCCGCGUCCGAAUCGCACCUCCAGCGCGUGCUCACCAGCUUCUUCUCCGAUAGAACCAAAAGCGACCGCAAACAGCUGGUGGGUUUGUUCUUCUUCAACCACCUGCUGCUCGCGCUCGUCAUUUUGUCCGUGUUCUCGCUUUACUGGGGCGCUAUGUACAAGCGGACUAGCUAUUACCACAAAGUUGACAUCCUGGCCGUCAUACAAGACGACGGCCCGGCUGUUCAAGGGCUGCCGGACCUGAUCACCAAAGUCCCCGGCAACUGGCAAGUGUACAACUCCUCUUACUUCCAGCAAACCUAUGAUGUUGCUCAAGACCAAAUCGACUCCGAAAUCACCAAACUUGUGCACAACCAGCACUUCUGGAUGUCUUUGAACAUCAAACCCAACGCCUCCAACGCCAUCACGGACUCGCUGCAAAACUCCGCCGCCAAGCCCUUUAAUUCGACUUUGUAUUUCGAAACCGUGUAUGAAAGUGGUCGCGAUCCCACCAACAUGAAAUCCUCUAUUCUGCCUUUGAUGCUGGAACUGGAAGCCAUAUACCAAGAGGCCUACUCUGCUGACAUUCUACCAAAAUUUUUGGCCAACGCUUCCCAAUCUCUCUCCAGCAUUCCCAGUGUCAAUCUUGCUCAAGCGGGAUCCAUGAGUUUCAAACAAAUAGACUACAGACCCUUCUCUGACUAUGUUUUAUUGGGUCCGCUCCAGGUCGGUCUCAUUUACUGUAUCCUGCUGACGUUUUUUCAAUUGCUACUAUUCAUUCCCAUGCACGUUCAACUUUCCCCAAAACUAAAGGUUAGUCAUAUGUUUUUUUACCGCUACGCCACCUCUUUUAUCAAUUACUUCUUCAUGUCAUUGUUCUUCAAUUUGGUGUCACUGGCAUUUCAAGUCGAUUUCACCAAAACCUACGGCCGCGGUGGGUUUAUGGUGGCAUGGAUGUCUUCCUGGCUAUUAAUGGCUGCCGUUGGUGGUGCGAAUGAAAACAUGUUGACAUUCCUGCUUACCAUUGGUACUCAAUAUGCGGGGUUCUGGAUGAUUUUUUGGGUUGUAUUCAAUAUUUCCCCCAGUUUUUACCCUAUGGAUCUCACAAAUAAUUUCUACCGAUACGGUUAUAUGACACCGAUCUUCAACGGCGUUCAAAUUUUCAGAGUUAUCUACUUGGAUUUGUACCCAGGUCACUUGGGCAGAAACUUUGGAAUCUUGAUUGCUUGGAUUGUGUUGAACACGGCGCUUUUCCCAGUCUUUAUGAAGUACUUUUUAUACAAGAAAAAGCAGGAAGCUAUGAAAGCAGCGGCUGCCCAAAAUCAAGCACCCCAGUAA